GCCGUCUCUGAAGAUUUCUCUUUCGUUUUCUUUUCCCGGAAUACGCUACCACUCUCUCUCGGAUCCAUUCUUAUAGUUAUUCUCCUCUUUCAGUUUCCGCCUUUCUGUGUCUCUGUUAUCCUCUCAUCCUCUCUCUCCCUCUCAUUAUCUGUGUAUUUUGCCAAUCUUUGUCUUGCAAAGGGAGGUGGAGAUCUCAUAUUCAAACUAUCUAGGGUUCUGGCUCUCCUGUUGCGAGUCUUCUGAAGGGAAUCUUGUGUUUCCAAGUGAGAUUUCUUUUGGAGAAGCUUCCGAGGACGAUCAUGGCGAUUAAAACCGCUUUCUGAUCAGAUAUUAGGAUCGGAAUCGGUGGGGGACGUUGCUUGGUUUUCAAAUGCUUUGGAGUUGGAGUUUCAACCACAAUGCCACGAGCUUCUACGGCUACCAGCUCUGGAUAUCUAACUGCCCUUACCCAAGAAAUUGAGAAAAAGCUGCAACGGGCACUAGCCUCUCGAUCCCAGAGACUUAACGUGUUGCAAGAGCUGUUCGCAGAUAUAGCAUUAGAAGUUGAUGGCCGUGCACGAGACAUCAUUCUUCUGAGGGAUGAAGAUGGAGUUUCUCCGGAAGAGGGUGGAAUCCAGAAUCAUCUAUGUUUUUAUGAUGUGCUUGCUGAUCAUUAUGUUAGGGAUCCUGACUGUGGAAAACCCAUCCUUGAUUUAAUGGUCCUGCUCUGGAGCCAGUCUUUUGCGUCUAAUAUUUUUGCACUCCUUUUCCACAAAUGGUUACUUGAAGUUCAACUUGAAAAUUCAGAAGUGCUCUUCCGUUACUCUUCUGCCCUUGUCCAUGGUGCUACGAAUGUUUUCUGGAUUGACAUCCAAACAAACACAAGACGUUUCUUCUCUUUGUUCCAUUAUCUUCUUGAGGAAGUUGCCCUGGUGCCCAUGCGCUUAAAUAAAAUCGCCCCUCAGGCCCAGAGAGAUCUGUAUCUUUUACUCUCCAGGUUCAUAUUCUUUUACAAUGUAGUUGACAAGCUUGAUAUUCUAUUACAGCAAUUUCCUGUGUUUCCAAAUGCAUUUUUGGUUGGUGGUCCCGCAGACAUUUUCGUAAUUGAGCUCACAGAUCAGCUUCAAAAGUUGAAGGUGGAACCUGUGCUGAUAUAUUACCUUUCCCAGUUGAAAGCCCUGCAGGGCUUGGAGCUAAGGAUGACCACCAGCACAAGGCUUAAGGCGUGCCUGUAUAGCUUCACUUCUCCUGGGGGUCCAAUGUAUCCAACAAGGGCUGUUCGUCACGCAGCCUGGGAUGCUUUGGAUUUCCUUUUUCCUGUUGGAAGAUAUCCUCGUCACCUUAUUAGUUUGUUCUUCCGUUUACUCUAUCCGUGGUACUGGCCCUCCUCUUGUUGGAAUUUUAUAAUGUCUUGCAUCAAGGCCGUCCUAUUCUCCAUAUUAAGGUUAAUCUUCUCUUGGUGUGGGAAUCUGAAAAAACCAAAGGAACCCUAAUUGGGGGCAGGAAAGAAAAACUGAUAAGUAGGAAAUGGGUUUGGGGGCCUCCCUGUAGAUAUGUACCUGUAAUUUAAUUUGUGUAAGCUUUUUUCCUUUUCUUUCUUUACUUUCGUUCUUUUUUUUUUUUUUUUUUUUUUGGGUGUUUGUGUGGGGGUUGAGGUGUUGUAAUUCUUCAAAGCAAUUUUAUGAGCAGCACUUUGGAAAGAGAGAUACCAGGUGUUAUCACCUAGUACAGGCUUGCGAGGGCCAUCUGCAUCAGAAAGAGGGGGAGAAAGGAAUUCAAUCAGACAGUUCGGAUUGAUGGCAUUUCUGUUUGGAGCUGAAUAUUAAUUUCCUUUAAGCAUUCACUGCUUGGGUUUUUC